AAUCUAAAACAAAUGGGCCUUUCCGGUACUCGCAUCCCGGCCCAUCCGCCUCGUCAGCGGCGGCGCACCACCAUCCCCACCCCCACCCUCCUCGCCGGCGUCUUCACCAGGCGCUCCGCCUCCACGUCGGCCACCUCGUCGGCGUCCGGUUGCUCCACCCGCCCACCAAACUCGCCGCCCACCACCCCCACCACCGCGUAACCGCAAAUGCCGCGCCCCUCCACCUCCGCCUCCGCCACCGCCUCCCGCUUCGCCGCCUUCUGGGCCGCCGACGCGCUCGCCGGCGACGACGCCCUCGACUUCGCCGUCACCAAGGCGAUGGUGGGCGUCUCCCCGGAUUCCGUCAGGGCCGCCCCUGAGGCGGUGCGGGAGCGCGUGGCGCUGCGGUGCCUCCAGGAGGUCGUCUCCCUCGCCUCCUCCGAUGGCGAGCGCGGCGCCACGGCCUCGGCCAUAGCGGCGCCGGGGGAGGGGAUGCUUGGGGUGGAGGACGCAUCCCGCACCUGCGAGGAUUUGCUGCUUCAACUCAUCCGGGAGGUUGGUAGCUCAGGGAGCUUGGAGAAGGAUAUGCUUCCGCCCUUUAGACAAGAUAUCCAGAAGUUUAUAUGCAUAAAGAGACCUACAUUACCAGAAACUUCUUUUGAGUUGCUCAGAAAAGUUUACCCAGAGAUUACACCUGUGGUUCCACCAUCCCCAGUGGAGCAGAAUGGAAAUGACCAACACGACAAUAUCAGCCAUGAUCUUGUGAAUACAGAGAAGACCGGAUUCACUACAGAUGGUGCUCAACUUCAGCAGGAUGAUCUAGCAAAUUUAGUCGAUGAAAGAAACACAGAAAAUCUUCAGAAGGAUGCAAUGGCAACUUCUGAUUUUCAACAACCAUGUACAUCAGACAAUAGGUGUUUUGAUCAGCGACAAGAAGAUUCUAUUAAUACUGUUGGUGUCAACAUCAGGUCUCCAGAAGACAGUCCAACUAAUGUAAAUAGACACAUGUCAGUUGCAGCUGAGCCUUCUUUAGCUAGUUCUGCAGAUUUGCUGGGAAGUAAUACAGGAAGAAUGUCUGAGCAGGACACGAUAGAUCAUACAACCAUAGUUCAAUCACAAUCUUGUGGGGUCAGAUAUCCUAAUAAACAUCACAGUAAUAAUGGAGACAUGCCACUUGUUGCCAGCAUUCAGUCACCAAAGGAUUCCAUCCAUGAAGGAUCAACCAUGCAGACAACUGUUUCUCCAGCUGUUGACAGAAGCAAUGAUGCUUUACCGGCAUCCAACAUGACCCACUUGCCUGAGUUUAUUGCUGUAGAGGAUAAAAUAAUGACUUCAGAACCACACUUCAGCAAAACUCAUCCAAAUUCAGGGCAACAUGAUACUGGUGAUAAAGCAAAUCAAGAUGUGGGUUGUGGCAGUACUGGUAUUCAGACAGCUGCUGCUUUACCAUCUGAAGGCUUUAAUGGGGAUGUUCAAGGAGACAAAUCUGAAAUUAAAGAUCCAGCAGGGAAUACUACACAGCAUACUGAAACUUUUGAACAAGAAAAUAGUGACAAGGCUCAUUUGGAAGUUGGUUGUUCCGACAAAGUUAAUCAAGCUCUAUAUGAUGAUGGCAACAUCAUAAAAAAUAAUAUGGUCUUUGGUGGGCUGAAUAAGCAAACUGCUCUAGAGUCUCAUGGCUGCAGCAUGACCUUGCAUAACAGAAAUUCAGAGGCCAACCAUUUCUCUGAGCAGAAUAUUGGAAGGAACAGAACUGAAGUUCAGAAUGAUUGCUGCAGUAUUCCAACCUCUCCUAAUGAUGUUAAUGACAAGCGAGCAAAGCAAGCUUCAAACAAGGAAACCAUGGCGAAUACUGUGGCAGAAACAUUGCAUGUGCAUUCUUCAGAUGGUAGUUUCAGUGGCUUCGCAGCUGGUGGUCUUCUGUCAAUGGCUGAAAAACUACCGUUCUGUACUCAGGAUCAAUAUGCUAAUGGUACUGUUGAGGGCUUGUCAGAACAAGAGUUGUGCAUAAAAUGUGGCAAAGAUGGUCAGUUGCUGAAAUGCAGUGGCUGUUUUUUAGCCGUUCAUGAUACAUGUUUUGGCUCAUCAGUGACAUUUGAUGAUUCUGGUCAGUUCUACUGUCCUGUAUGCUUCUAUACUAAAGCAACUGAAGCAUAUCAAAAGGCAAAGAAAACAUAUUCUGAAGCAAGGAAGAACCUAUCAGCUUUCCUUGGUAGAAAGCAAUUGGCUGAGCAAUAUCAACAAGCUGCAGUGCGGCAAAGAGCUGCCAACAGUGAGGAUCAUUUCAAUGGGUGUAACAACGCAAUCAAAAGGCAAGGUAAUCAUCAAUCUGAAGGAAAUAACCUUUCUCAUAGGGAUGAAGAGCCUGCCCGACAGAGGAAGAAGCAGAAGACAAAUGCUAGGGAUGCUUGCACUCAGGAAGUAGUCACUAAAAAGGCACCCACUGUUCAUAACUCUGAUGUUGUAUCCAUGAAAAAGAAUUCUGUACUCCAGAAUAACAGAAAACAAGCUCAGGUUGCAGAGCAGGAGCAGCCAGAGGAAAAUGCAGAAGCUAGUGGAGAGUCUGGUAAUACAAAUUCAUCGCACAAAACAGCACAUUCAUCUCAGAACAAGUGCAGUCCUGCUGCAAGUCAGAAUAUUGAUGCUGACAAAGAAGAUGUCCUUGCAAGUUCUCAACAGUCAGAAGAUUCUGAUGAAAUCGAAGCUACAUCUUCUAGUGACCCUAGCAAGCAACCAUCGCCUCAUUGGCGCAAGUUGAGACACCGCAAAGCAAGAUAUCAGGAUAAUAAUACAGCAAUUCCAAUUAAUUCUAAGAAAACACUGGGGCACCAUGAUCAACAUAUGGCUUCACCAUCAAGGAAAAGGAACUAUGCAUAUCCACCCAAGCGUUACUCUAACCCUGUCGGACCAGCUGGAAGGCGCACAAAGCUCUGCUGGACAGAACAAGAGGAGGCAACUUUGAGGGAAGCAAUGGCAAAAUUCACCCCAAGUGACAACGGGCCAAUUCCGUGGGUCCAGAUACUGGAUUACGGCAGGGAUGUGUUCCACAGGACACGCCUCGCAUCCGACCUGAGGGUGAAAUGGAGGAACAUGAAGAAGAAAGCAGGCUCAUGACCGCCAAAGCAAUCUUAGCUUACCUAUCAGUGCAGGCUGUGCAGCAAUUCUUUUUUUAGAUAAUGGAUUAAAUAACCUGGCCAUUGUGCCAUGCGCAUUCUAAUAUCUUAGUUUUAGAGCACAUUGUGUGUCACCAUCUUGUAAGAUUGUAGAUUUUCCUUGGUGUGUAGAACACUUUAAGUUUUAUCGUUCUUUCUUGGUACGGAGAACGUGGCUGAUGUGUAGGCUAUUUUCGAUGUUACAGAGGAAGGUGUAAAUUUGUGAUUGAAUCGAAAUAUCAAACUUCAUUUUCUCUUCUGCGUCA